AUGACGUUUGAUAAAAGCUUAUCGAAAUCCAACGAAGUUUCUAUCAACUUGAAAUUAUUUAAGUUAAUUCAUUUUUUUCAACUAUUUGACCCAAGUAUCCAAAAAAUGUUCAAUAUCAAUAUUUACCAUCUAGGUUGUCACGUCAUGAAUUGUGUAACUGGUUGUAUAGUAAUGUAUGGAUUAUUAGGUUGUUUUAUUGAGAUGGAAGAUAGACUCAAUAUCGUUAAUCAGAUACAGUUAAUGUUUUGUGUCUUAAUUUAUUAUUCAAGUUUAUUUAAAAUAAUCACAUUUUUAUACAAAGCAAAUAACAUUUGGGAUUUACUUCGGGUCUCUCAUAUGAAUUUUUUGACGAGUUCACAGUGUAAAACACAUAUUGGUAUUCUCCAUAAAUAUCGCAAUAAAUCAAUAAAAAUUACAAAUAUGAUAAGUACUAUUGGAGUUGUGACUACCUUGGAAUGGAUCAUGUUUCCUCUACUGUUACAGUUGUUACAAGAAGAAGAUACAAACCAAUCAAAUCAACGUUUUGAAAAUAUUUUCAACUUUCGGUUCCCGGUGACCAUAAAUUACUAUAAUAACAAUUAUGCUAUAUUUUAUUUUAUGGAAUCAUUUAUUACAAUGUAUAUGCUAUACAUAUACGUAGCGGUUGAUGUCUUCUUUAUUUCUGCCUGCUAUAUUAUGAUUGCUCAUUAUGAGAUGAUAAAAAGAGCUUACGAAAAUAUCAACAUAGAACUGAUUUCCGAAAAUAAUAAUAAAAACAAAAAUUAUUGCAAUGACUGUAUUGAUGAUUUAGUAUCGAUUAUGAUGGAUCAACAAAAACAUUUCGCGAAGUUAAAAUUAUUUUAUUCCACGUAUAAGUUUAUUAUCUUAUCAACUAUUAUAAUAAAUUCGGGAUCCAUCAUAAUUUUAACAUAUGCAUCCGUUGUGAUUUUUAUGUCAUCAGAAUCUAUAUCAAUUCUUAGUGUAAUCAAGUUGGCAUCAUCAUUUGGAUACAUGUUUAUUGUUUUAUUUUUCCUUUGUUAUUUAAUAGAUCGCAUUAAUAAUAAAAUAGAAUCUGUUCACUUUGGGAUGUAUAGUUGUAAUUGGACUGCGAUGAAUUUAAGAUCAAAAAAAAUGUUGUUGUUAUCAAUGCAGUUGAAUAAUGCUAAUAAAUUGAUGAUUAAAAUAACACCGAACAAAAUUAUCAACCUACAAUUUUACAAUAGCGUAAUCAUCACAUGCUAUAACGUUCUUUCGGCUAUGUUGAAUACACGUUCAAUAUAAAAAAUGAAGAUAAAUAAGCAAUAUCAACAAUGUUUUGAUUUAUUUAU